AUGGCGAGAUGCACGAUGCGUAAGACAGAUACAAUGGAGAAGGCUGAUAAAAAUGCUGCAAAUAGAGAAAAGCUAACGAUCCUUCAUACAUUAGGCUCUAAGACGCUUGCAAGGAAGAGGGAUGAGUUGGAAUUGAGAGAUGGUCAAAAAUACAGUAGGGGUGAAAUGUAUUCAAUUUGUCAUAAAAAGUCUGAUGGGUCAUUUGUCAACGACGAAGCCAAGGAAAAAUAUGAACAAUUGCAAGCUGAAAUUGGGAAGACUCCUUCUCCAAAUGAAGCAUUUGUUAAUGUGUUUGGAAAAGAACAUCCUGGAUAUAUUCGUUGUAUGGGACUUGGAAUAACAUUGUCACAAAUUACUACAUCUACUUCUCACUCGGUAAGAUCAAUGUCUUCCUUUGAAGCUAAUGAAAAGAUAGAGAAAAUGCAAGCUGAAAUUGAUAGGCUUAAGAAAAGGGAUUCUGAAGUUGAUAUGUUGAAGGAGCAAAUUGCUUUCUUGAUGCAAAUGCAAAAUUCUAGAGACAAACAGGCAAUGGACAUAGAAUUGCCAAUAGAUGGUAGACGUUCAUCUGAGUCCAGCCACUAA